AUGUCGAAACCCUUCCAAGGGCUAACCUUUUGCUGUACAGCUAUCCCACUUAAGCUACGAGAGGAUAUUUCUCAAAAGUUAACGGCACUUGGUGGUAUACAUUACAGCGAUUUGAUGAGCGAUGUGAAUUAUCUAAUCGUUGGCGACAGAAAGACUGAAAAAUAUAUCUACUGUAUUCAAAAUAGAUUUGAUGUCAAAUUCUUAAAACCAGACGCAAUAUUGAAGAUUUAUGACCACUGGAUCAAUGGUGAAGAUACCAAGCACUUACUUGAUAUUGACAAUUAUUUAUUACCGAUCUUUGAUAACCUAAGUAUAUGUUUGUCAAGAGUUGAAUCGUUUACACAUUUAUUGAAGAAGCCAUUCAGAGAUGAAUUUUCGGGAGUAGAGUUUAAUACAGAGAAGUUGAUUCAGUUGAUAUCUGAGAAUGGGGGAAAAGCUACAGAUUCUUUAACAAUGUCAAACUCAUGCAUCAUAACUACUGAGAAAACUGGAAAACGAUACACUAAAGCCGUGGAAUGGGGAAUCCCCGUAGUUCAUCCUAUAUGGAUACUUGACUCAGUAUUGAGAUCAGCGGCAUUGUAUUUUCGGGAUUAUGCAUUAGACUCAAGGUUGAAUGGAUGUAAUGUGUGGGAUGAAUGGUUUAAGUAUAAGACAAAAAAUGAUAUGGUUGACGAAUUAAUAGAGGACAAGAAUACUAAAGCCGAGACUAUUAAUAGGUCUCUUAAGAAAGAUCCCAAAAUAUGGAAUGAAAUUAUGAAUAAUACGAGCAAAACGCGUCCUAAACCAGCAAAAGAUACCACUUGGGACGAGGUGAUGGAAGAAGAGGAAGAUCAUGAAGCGUUGGAUGUUGACAUAAAUGAAUUAACAAAUAAGAAUACUGCAAAGAAAUCUACUCUUUUCGAGGGCUUUGAUUUCUUUGUGGUGGGGUUCACUGCUCAUGAGGCAACAGUAAUGAAUCAAAUUAUUACUUCUCAUAAUGGGACUAUAAGCGAAGAAGCCUCAAACCAGACAAUAACGCAUGUUGUGCUACCAGUGAAAAUAGGAUCUCAAUCGUCGUCCUUGUUGAAAAAUCUCCCUUUAAAGAGCCGUAUAAAUAAUGGUGAAAUCAAGAUCGUAACUGAAUGGUUCAUAGAAAGAUCAAUAUACUACAACAAGGUUGUAAUGGACAGAUGGGUUCAGCCAUUAAAAGGCUUGAAACCAUGUACCAACAAAUUCAAGGUCUGUAUCACCGGCUUUACUGGGAUUGAAUUGCUUCAUUUGGAGAAGUUGAUAAAUUUGCUAAACUUUGAGUUUUGUCCAGCAUUGACGUCCUCGCGUGAUUUGUUAAUAAUUAACAUUAAUCUAUUCAAGUCUACUUUACUCAAAAAUUCACCCAAACUUUACCAAUACAAGGCAAUUGACUUCAUAAAUUGCCCUAUUUACCAAUCUGGAAACUCAUCAGUGUCAUUGAUUUCGUCAAAAAAUAAGAUCAAUGCCGCAAAGAAAUGGUCGAUUCCAAUAGUGUCGAUAGCAUACAUAUGGGAAAUAUUGGAGCGGUCAACUCCAUCCACUGUUCACAAUCUUGUCUUGCCAGAUAUUUGCGAUCUUCUGUGGUGCUUGUUUGCUCCUAAUGACACAGCAAAACCAAAGACAUUGCUCGACUACAUCAAAAACUUGAGCAAUGACCACUUCGAGACACCCAAGAAGGACGACAAGGUCAAGUUGCCCUCCCCAAGAAAAGGGAAACAAAAGAGAAAAUAUGGACGUUUGGCAGGCAGAGAUUCGCCAGAACCCAUCUCAAAGAAGUUGCAAAAGCUAAAUGACAACGAUAACUCGUCAGAACAGGCAAACAGCGACAACGACGUCACAAACAUAGACUACGAAGAUGUCACCCAGGUAGGCUAUCAGGAUUCAGACUCGUUGAAAAAUAACGAGCAGCUCAUCAGAAAAUUGACGGGCCUGAAAUAA